AUGGAAAAAAAGAAUGUGGUAGUGAUCGGUGCCGGAGUCGCAGGCCUCACGACCGCCUCUCUUCUGUCAAGGAAUCCAAAAUCUAAAAUAGUCGUUGCGGCUAAACAUAUGCCUGGAGACUACGAUAUUGAAUAUACUUCAACGUGGGCUGGCGCGAAUUGCAUGCCCAUGUCUACGCGUGGUACCAAAGCAGCGGACUGGGAUAGGCGCACCUGGAUCGCGUUGGAGGACUUAGCACGGAACCACCCCGACGCCGGGAUACAUUUCCAAGAAUGCGAAAUACACACUCGCUCCAAAGAUGUCGGCAGCACGACUGCGGAGUGGUUUGGAGAGCUUCUGUCACUAGACCCUUGGUUCGAGGACGUUAUUCCAAAUUUUCGCACCCUUUCUAAGAAUAACCUUGGCCCUGGGAUCGACUCUGCGACAGCCUUCACAUCUCUCGUUUCCCAAUGUCUCAAAAACGGAGUCAAAUUAAAACGAGCCAUAUUCAGGCAUAUAUCAGACGCUGCAUCCUCAUUGAUUCACCCGGGACAGGAGGUUGAUCUUGUGGUCAACUGUACGGGUCUUAUGGCUUCCAAACUGGGUGGAGUAGAAGACAAGACCGUUGUACCUGCCCGAGAGCAAAUUGUGAUAGUCCGAAACACUGCUGGUAAAAUGCUAAAUGUUUCUGGGACCGAUGAUGGUGACAGUGAAGCAUGCUAUGAGUCGCAGGUGGAUCCUAACCUUGCUAUCCGAAUCAUGAAGCGUGCGGUAAAAAUGUGUCCUCAACUUACUGGUGGUAAAGGAAUCGAGCACCUCGAUAUAGUUCGAAACAUUGUCGGACUAAGGCCUGUGCGGCAAAACGGGACAAGAAUUGAGAAGGAACGCAUAGGUGAUACUUGGGUAGUGCAUAACUAUGGUGCAGGAGGAGCCGGCUACCAAUCAUCGUAUGGUUGCGCUCAGGCUGCUGUAGACCUCGUUGAGGAUGCUCUGGCAACACGGGCAAGGCUUUAG